UUUUGAUUUAUUUUUUUGUGGUGAAAACAAAAAGCUGCAAAAAGAAAAUUGUAGUUAAAAUUUCUAAAAUUGAGUAGUUAUGGAAUUAGGGCCAGAUCCCGACUUGUCUGAUAGUGACGACAGUUUUUUCGAUGACUAUUAUGUGGAGAAAAAACAUAAUUAUACAAGCCAAAGAAAUGUUUGUCCAGAAUUAAGUCCAGAAGAAAAAUACGCAUUGGAAUUAGAAGAGUUCUACAGGGUGAUUUCACAUGGAGACAACGAAUCUUCAAAGAAAUUUAUACUAGAAAAAGGCUUCGAAGUUGAUACAGAUCUGAAAGAUGGUUGGACACCAUUAUUAUUAUCUAGCUGUUACGGUAAUGUAGAACUAGUAAAAUUUUUAUUAGAAAAUGGAGCCAAUGUCAACCAACAUCGAGAUUUUAUGACUGCAGUCAUGCUAGCUUGUAGUUGUCCAAGUUACACAAGUCCUUUUGAGAAAAGUUUAGAAGUUUUAAAUGUGUUGGUAGAUAAUGGUGCUAACGUUCGAGCUAUUAAUAGGAAAAGAGUUAAUGCUCUUAUGAUAGCUGCUACUACAGGCAAUAUUUUGGCUGUCGAAUAUCUACUACCAUUAUCAGACAGAAACUCCAUUGAUAAUCAAGGAUGGACUGCUUUGACUUGGGCGGUUAGCAACAAUCAGCCUGAAGUUGUUGAAUAUCUUUUAGACGAAGGUUUCGAGACAGAUUUAAGGGACAUUAGAGGUCACACUCCCUUAGAAAUAGCUCGUGAUAAUGGUCUUAAUGACAUUAUGAAACUAUUCCCAAAAAAAGACUUGGAUUUGGGCGAAGAAUUUCUAGAUUAUGGCAAAGUAUCGUACGAGGACCAGUUAGAAGACUUAAAAACACAAAUAAGACCAAGAUUUUUUAAUGAAGUUUGUAAAAUUAUGGUCGCCAGUAAUAACGAGUAUCUUUUACAGUUAUUUCACGAUAAAAACGUUACUUUGGAACAAUUUCUGGCAUUUAGCGACGAAGAACUGAAAAAAUUAGGCGUCGUAAUGCCCUUUCAAAGAUUAAAAAUCAUGGAGGCCUUGUACAAAUUUCAUAAAAGGCCUUACCAUCCCAAAUCAAUGCACCUAUGCCUGAAUAAUAAAAAAGUAACUAAUCUUGAUGUUGCAACUCAGCUAAUAUCAGCUGUUCAGCAACUGACAGCUAUGGAGGGGAGUGUAAAGUUCGCGCUGAAGAAUUUGGAAGGAGAUUUGACAGAUGAGGACAAAGAAAAAAUAUUAAGAAGUGUGGAAACGUUGAAAAAAACUAUAGAAAAGUAUAAAAAAGCAAACGAAAAAUUAAGCAAAAAAAUUAUUGAGUGGGAUCAAAUGACAGAACAGCCAGAUUUUAUAUCAAAAAAGUUAAUUAAAAGUAGGUUCCCCUGGAAGAAGCUUACGUUCUGUUUGAGUGUUUUCAGUGUAUAUUUGUAUUUUAAAUUAAAGCAUUAGUGAGUCUUUUUUUUUGUUACAUAAAAAACGUUAAUCUUAAGGAUAUAAAAGAAAUAAAUUUUAUAUUUUAUCGAAAUGUUUUUUUGAGAUGAAGAGAAAAUCUGUUGAUUUUAUCAAUUUUUUUUUAUAAUAAAUAUUAUUUUUU